UUCUGUCUGUCAGGCAGCAUGAUCAACUGAUGGACACACAGAGGCUCACUUGCUUUCUCUUUCACUCAUCUAUAUUGUGUCUUUUACAGACAGGACAUUGGUUGUUUUCUGGACUUUCUUUGCGUUUUCUUCUUUGAUUUAUCUGCGAGGUUGAAUUGAGUCUUAACCUUCUUUCCCCUCACCCUCUUGGAUCUUCAGUUUUCUCCUGUUGGGAUUAUUUCCCCCAGCCUAAUUGCCUGCUCUCCUGUGUGCAUAUCAACGCUUGCUUUUCCCCUGCUUUCUUUCUCCUUGUUCUCCCAUCUUCCAUCGUUCCCUGUCUCCUUGUGCGUGGUGUUUGGGCCAUGCUCUCCUCACCCACUGUGAUUCUCCAGCCUUAUGGACUCCCUGUUUACCCACAGACAACCACAUGCUACCCCAGCAUAGUUCAGGGGGGCGCCACUCAGGAGGCCGGCCCCGGCAGCGGCGACCCCACCCUGCCUCAGGUCUACGCCCCCCCUCCCUCCUAUCCCCCGCCUGGUCAAGGUCCGCCAACAUCUGUAGGCAGACUGCCACCUCUUGAUUUUACCACUUCACACCCCAGCUCAGAGUACCCAGAACACCCCCAACUCAGAGUCUAUCAGGGCCCUCAGCUCGAAGGGGCAGAGGCUCUGACAUCCAGUAACACGGAGGAUGUCUUGGCCCCUGUGACCUCUGACCCCCAGUCUCUGAGCAUGUCCGUGUCAUCAGCGGGCGGAGCAGGAAGUGGAAGUGAUGAGGAGGGGUCGGGUAAGGCCCAACCGAAACGCCUUCACGUCUCCAAUAUCCCGUUCCGCUUCAGAGACCCAGACCUCCGCCAGAUGUUUGGGCAAUUUGGGAAGAUCCUUGAUGUAGAAAUUAUCUUCAAUGAGAGGGGGUCCAAGGGCUUUGGGUUUGUCACCUUCGAGAGUGCAGGUGAGGCUGACCGAGCAAGAGAAAAGCUGAAUGGGACGAUUGUGGAGGGGAGAAAGAUUGAGGUUAAUAAUGCCACUGCAAGAGUAGUUACCAAGAAGCCACAGACGCCUCUUGUUAAUAGCGAAAUCUCAACUUCUGGAUGGAAGAUCAACCCCGUCAUGGGGGCGAUGUACGCACCUGAACUCUAUACAGUUGCCAGUUUCCCGUAUCCCGUAGCAACUCCCACAUUGGCCUACCGGGGCUCUGCGCUGCGGGGUCGAGGCCGAGCCGUCUACAACACAAUUCGCUCCGCUGCAGCCACGCCCACUGCUGUACCCACCUACCCUGGGGUGGUAUAUCAGGAUGGACUGUAUGGAGCAGAAGUCUAUGGUGGCUAUCCUGCAGCUUAUAGAGUGGCUCAAUCGGUAUCUGCUGCCACAGCAACCUACAGUGAUGGAUACGGACGCAUUUACACCACAGCUGCGGAUCCCUAUCACCACUCAGUUGGACCAACAACGACAUAUGGAGUUGGUACAAUGGCCAGUUUGUACAGAGGAGGAUAUAACCGCUUCACCCCGUACUGAGCCACCCACUGGUGGGAAGACGUCUCUUUUGAACUGGGAUUGGCUGAUCCAUGGACACGGCACGAUAGAUUGUGAGAUCCUUGGUAACGUGGAAAUGAUUUUACUUCCUGCCUCCAUCACAACCUCUCCUCGAGAGACUAAACAGACUGAAGUUGUAAAUAGUGUAGGACCCAUUUACUGUCCAUUCUACUGACGAAUAGCACCUAAAAGAGGAUGUUAUGUAAUAUAUAGACUUAAAAGCUUUAAAGGAUUAUUGUUUUCUGAAUUUAAAGAGUAGUGAUGUUGGCUAACACUACAGAAGUGGGUGAAAAAUACUGUGAGAAUGAAUUUUGUGAAUAAUAUCUGCAAGAUUCACGGGUCAAACUGUACAAAACGUUUGUUUAAUGACUUCUUUUUAAUGACUGAUUAUUUACUAAAUCUUGUUUGAGUGUGUGUGGUGUGUGUGUGUGUUUGUGUGUGUGUGCGUGUGUGUGCGCGCAUGUGUGUGGUGUGUGCGUGCGUGCGUGUGUGUGCGUGCGUGCGUGUGUCUGUGUGUGUGUGUGUGAGUAUAUGAGUGAGGUUAUGCAUCAACACUGUUUAGUUACCCAGUCGACCGAGACAGCUGUAACACUGGUAUCAUUAUUACAAACAACAAAAUUAAUGCUGGUCAGGAUGUAAUUGGAAUUGUAUUUGUUUUUUGUGCCUUUCUAACAAUCUACCUCUCAUACAUUUUUAGCUUUUAAUACAGCUGUCAUAAUUAAUUAAUCCUGUAUCAUUUUCUGUGUUUGUGAUCUUUGAUUCUGCUGAGCUUUUUUCCUUUUCACUUUUCUGUCCAUAAAUGCUCAUUUAACAUAUUUUCUGUCUCUGGUGCUCCGUACCUCACUACCCAAUGAGCCUUUAACUAUUGAGGGUUACUGUUCCUCUGUUCACCCAGGAAAGUUUUAUUUUUCUGAGAUUCUUUAAACCCUGUUUUACUUUCACACAGUUAUACACAUGCACAACUAGGAAUUGCAGUAAGACAUGUCUUUUGCUGCCGGCUUUGCUGCACAAACUGAGGUUGAAAGGCAGUAGAAUAUAAAUAUUUCAGACUGUGUCUCUCAUCUUGAUGCUGCAGAUGUUACUGCUCACUGUGUAAGAGUUCACAUAUAUUCUGUUCUAUUCAAACUCUUGUCUAAUGUUGCCUUCUUCCACUCUUUACUGUCAUCCUUUUCCUGUGUUUUCUCUCUCCGUCCUCACUAAGAACUGUUGAAUGACUUCUCAACUUGUAUUGAUAAUUUCUUCUCAACCUACUCUUUGUUUCUGUUGCACUCUUUCCUGCUGUGUUUGAUGUUUACCUCUAAAUAAAACUUUUUUUUCUCUCUUUUC